AUGGCAUUCUUUCAAGCGGCCCCGUGGCAUGAGGGUGAAGUUGCAAUUCACAAACGAACUCGCGUCGGCGGAUAUGACAACCCGACAACACCAUUUCUCGCGCCACGAUAUGGCAACUGGAUCCAGCGAUACCCAAUGAUGGCGAUCGGGACCCUCGACGAUGACGACCGACCCUGGUGUACCGUUUGGGGGUCGGAUCAACUGCCCAUCGCUCAGCCUGUGGCCCAGAGUGUCAUGGGGGUCCGGACUACGGUUGACGCAAGCUUCGACCCAGUUGUACAAGCAAUUUACCAAGGUAAAGAUGACGGGGAAGUCAUCCGAGCCGAGGGCAAAGGGCGGCUGAUGGCCGGCCUGAGCAUCCAUCUCGAGGAGCGCUCUCGAGUUAAACUAGCAGGGCAAGUCAUUGCUGGUGCAUUGACUGCGACCGAGCCAAAUGGCGCCAAACCCGAAAUUCAAGACGGUAUCAAGCACGGCAAAUCAGGCGAGCUUCAACUGGUCGUCAAAAUCGAUCAAAGCCUUGGGAACUGCCCGAAAUAUCUCAACAAGAAGCACAUCAUCGCUCACACUCCAGAGCCACGACUCAUCUCGUCGUCGACACAUCUCUCACAAAAGGCGAUCGACCUGAUACAUAAUGCUGACCUGUUCUUCAUCGCCUCGGCCCACCAACACGAGGAUAUGGACUGUAACCACCGCGGUGGACCACCCGGCUUCAUCCGUGUCACGCAGCCCGACAACCCAGACGAAUCCAGCACGAUCGUCUGGCCCGAGUAUAGCGGCAACAACCUCUACCAGACCCUCGGCAACCUGGAAGCUACUCCACACGCCGGUCUGGUCAUCCCGGACUUCGAAACCGGCGACGUGCUAUAUGUGACAGGUGACACUGAAACCCUUGUCGGCGCCACUGCAAGCAAAGUCAUCGCCAAAUCGAAUCUCGCCGUGAGCCUGAAGAUCACAGGAGCAAGAUUCGUCGAGAACGGGCUCCCGUUUCGAGGAGAGUUAACAAACGAUGCCUCACAUGGUCGCUCACCAUAUAACCCACGCAUCCGAUACCUCACGACCGAAAAGACCGACGGAUUCGGCAACACGCCCGGCGACAGCGUCCCCACAACCGCCAAACUGCUCAAGAAGACGAAGCUGACUCCGACAAUCACGAGAUACCGCUUCGCGCUGACCGACCCGGCGGUCUUCGGUCCCUGGAAACCAGGGCAAUACAUGGCCAUGGACCUGUCUGCGGAACUAGACAUGGGAUACUCACAUAUGCGCGACGACGACCCUACGAGCUUAAACGACGACUUCAUCCGCACCUUCACCGUCUCUUCCAUCCCGCAGAGCUUGGGCCUCCACGGCGAAGAAUUCGAAGUCACGGUCCGAAACGUCGGCCAUGUGACGGGUUGGCUUGAAUGGCAAAGAGAGGGGAUGUGCGAGGUUGGCAUCCGCGGCUUCGGCGGCGAAUUCAUUUUCGAGCCGAACAAGCGGAAUGCCUUCGUUGCCGCAGGCAUUGGAAUCACACCGCUCCUGGGCCAGAUGGGGAGCAUUGAUCUUGAAAACUUCAAGAUGUGCUGGUCCGUCGGAAUCCGCGAUGUCGGACUACCUCUCGACAUCCUCACGCAAUACCCCAAGCUCAAGGACUCUGAGACGACGAUCUUCCUGACUGGGGACGAGUCCGUGCUGGCUGCUGGUGAGAAGGCCAAACUUCAGCAGCUGAUCGACACGGGUGUCAAGAUCCAGAGGAGGAGGAUCACCAAGGACGACUUGACACGGUGGGAAUCCCAAGUCGAUAACUGGUACCUGUGUACAGCGCCAGCCAUGAGGAAGGAGGUCCAAGACUGGCUGCCUGGGGUGGUGGUUAAUUUUGAGAACUUCGAUUACUGA